UAUUAAUGUCCUCUUAUCUUAACCUACAUCCACCACUCCGACAGCCCGCCCUCCCUCCCUCACCCCCACCUGACUCAUUUGAUUAACCACCCAAAAACUUCUCAAUUAACCAUAGCCACCGACCACUACCCUUUUCUUUCUCUUUUCUCUCGGAGGACACCAAAUUUCCGAUUCUUUCAAAAAAAAGAGCGAGGUUCUUGUUCUUCGAAUAACCUUGUUGAAGUGAGAGAGACCCCUUUCCAAGAAGAAGAAUUUCGAUGGGUAUUUGUCUGAGUGCUAGAAUCAAAGCUGAGAGCCCCUGUCACACAGGGGUAAGUUCAAGAAAUGUAAGUACGGAUGGAAAUGGAAUUAGCACUUCCUUUAGCAGCAAGGUCUCAUCGGUUCCUCCGACUCCCCGGAGUGAAGGAGAAAUAUUGCAAUCAACGAAUCUGAAGAGCUUUAGCUAUUCCGAUCUUAAAACAGCGACCAGAAAUUUCCGGCCAGAUAGCGUGUUGGGAGAAGGCGGUUUUGGUUCGGUUUUCAAAGGGUGGAUCGAUGAGCAGUCGUUGGUCGCUACAAAGCCGGGAACCGGAAUUGUUAUCGCCGUUAAAAGACUCAAUCAAGAAAGCUUUCAAGGUCACAGGGAGUGGCUGGCGGAAGUGAAUUAUUUGGGCCAAUUUUCUCACCCGAAUCUUGUGAAGUUGAUUGGAUAUUGUUUGGAAGAUGAACAUCGGCUUCUAGUUUACGAAUUCAUGCCACGUGGCAGCUUGGAAAAUCAUUUAUUCAGGAGAGGAUCUUACUUUCAACCACUCUCAUGGAGCCUUCGUUUAAAGGUUGCUCUUGGAGCCGCUAAAGGACUUGCUUUUCUUCAUAAUGCCGAAAACAAAGUGAUUUAUCGGGAUUUCAAGACUUCUAAUGUUUUGCUUGAUUCAGACUAUAAUGCGAAGCUCUCGGAUUUUGGGCUAGCCAAGGAUGGACCAACUGGAGAUAAAAGUCAUGUCUCAACCAGGAUCAUGGGGACCUACGGAUACGCGGCUCCCGAAUAUUUAGCAACCGGCCAUUUAACCGCAAGAAGUGAUGUAUAUAGCUUCGGUGUGGUCCUUCUUGAAAUGUUAUCGGGCCGAAGGGCCGUAGACAAAAACCGGCCCACAGGCGAACACAGUCUAGUCGAAUGGGCCAAACCGUACCUUCCCCACAAACGUAAACUCUUUCGUGUCCUCGAUAACCGCCUCGAAGGGCAAUACACGUUAGACGGGGCCCACGCGGCUGCAAAUUUGGCCCUACGAUGUGUCUCAAUGGACCCACGGUUUAGACCCAGUAUGACUGAGGUGGUCAAAGAGCUAGAACUACUUCAAGAUCCAAAAGGAAUGACACGGAUACGAAGACAUUCUGCUAAUGAAACACAAACACGGAGAUUGGUCCCACGUGAGGGUGUUGAUGGUAAUAAGUCGGGCCCCACGGGUUACCCGAGACCUUCGGUUUCUGCUAUUUAUAGUAAAUGAGUUGGUGAAGGAAAUGUUUGAAUUGGUAUUGAAUUUGGCUGAAUGGUGUAUAGUUGUUUUUGGGUUUAACCUUGUUUGAGAAGAAAGGAUUAGUGGUUGAGAUCCAAUUUGGAGUUGAGUUUGUAUUAAAG